AGGAGGACGAGGGGCUCAGUGAAGGCCGUGUUUUCACUAUCAUCACUGUUAUGUGUCAGAUACAAUAGAACUCUGUUCUGUACAGGUCAGAUGAGAUUGUAUCUCAUGGCUAACCAAACCGGUGUUUACCGAAUCUAAUACUGUGAUUCUAAGUGGAAAACAUUCAAAUUCGGAAGAGAAUCUGAAUUUAACGAGAACGAUGCCAGUGAUCUAAAAACGAUAAGAAGGGAACUGUUUUUGUUCGCCUCUACUGUGUCGCACUGCUCCCUGGUUCCAAUGUCUGCUCGUGAAAACGUCAACAUCCCAAGUGGGAACGAAGAAGAAGCAGACCACCGGCCUCUCGUGCUGGUACACCGCCUCCCCAGGUUCGUUCUCCCGUUCGACAUGCGGACAACCUUCCGCCUUCUCGACCCAAUCUCCUCCGCUGCCGAUGAGCCGCCUCAGGACUUCCUCUCCCGCCACGCCCCGUCCAUCCGCGCCCUUAUCACCGUGGGCCCCGCCCCAGUCAACGCUGACCUUCUCGACCUACUUCCUUCCGUUCGUCUCGUGGUGGGAUCCAGCGCCGGCGUCGACCACAUCGACCUUAAUGAGUGCCGCCGCCGCGGCAUUGCCGUCACAAACGCCGGCUCCGCAUUCUCCGAGGACGUAGCAGACUACGCUGUCGCACUGUUGCUUGAUGUCUUUCGUCGAAUCUCGGCCGCUGAUCGGUUUGUUCGGUCUGGGUCGUGGCCUCGAAAGCCAGAGUACCCGCUUGGCUUUAAGUUAGGGGGGAAAAGAGUCGGUAUUGUGGGGCUAGGAAGUAUCGGAUCUGAAGUUGCAAAAAGGCUAGUGGCAUUCGGCUGCAGGAUCGCCUACAACUCAAGGAACAAAAAGCCAUCUGCACCUUAUACUUACCAUGCCAAUGUCUGUGACCUCGCUGUUAAUAGUGAUGUUAUUGUUGUCUGUUGUGCACUGACAAAAGAAACACACCAUAUAAUCAACAAAGAUGUUAUGACGGGUUUGGGAAAGGGUGGGGUUAUAAUUAAUGUUGGACGAGGUGCUCUUAUUGAUGAGAAGGAACUGGUACAAUAUUUGACCCGAGGGGAGAUUGGUGGUGCAGGUCUUGAUUUGUUUGAGAAAGAGCCUGAUGUUCCUAAAGAGCUAUUUACACUAGAUAAUGUGGUCUUGUCUCCACAUCGUGCCGGCCUGACCACAGAAUCAUUUGAAGCAGUGCGCGAGGUGAUCACAGCCAACUUGAAUGCUUUCUUUUCAAAUAAACCUUUGCUCUCGCCUGUGCAGUAUGAAUGAAGUAGCAUUCACAGAUGGAUGGAUUGACGGAAGGCUCCCAACAAUCAAAGAAGGUCAAUUUCAAUAACGUUUUGAACAUUGAUCUGUCCUUAAAACCUUAAGAGGCAAAAAUUUGUGCCAAACUCUUUCUGCAGUUCCUGUAUAUAACAUUAUUAUGCAAGUUUGGGUUGGCUCUUCGAAAAAAUAUGUUGCACAAUAAGAUGAAACUAGUCCCUAUCUGGACUGAUGUAUGGGCAAAAUCUGUUAAUUUCCAAUUCUAUUCUAUUAUAAUUUACAUUUUGUUUA